AGGGUGGCAUAUACAUAUCGCAAGGUCGUAUACUUUUUCUCCUUCCUCCUUCAACUUCAUGUUGUACUGGGUUUAGUGUAUUGGACGCUCGGCCGAACUUAAUGGUAGUUUACACAUCUGUAUAAUAGAUUUUGCAAGGAUAUGCGGAGUUGCACAGGAGGCGAGGGUGGUUGUGAUCUUGAAUGAGGGACGAUAGCUGCCGUUGGUUCGCAUGCUGGCAUGUUGCCUUCAUUCAGUGCUAGAUGUGCGUGCGACGCUCGUACGUCCGCGCGUCGGACAAGGCCGUUCUAGUUGGUGUCCUCAUUAUGUAGGAUGGCCUCUCGUCGCCGGCGUGUGCGUUGUGCCCGCUCAUGCGGUGUCGGUCCAGGGCGCAUCGGCGCGUCUGAAGUCGAACAUCCGGAGGGGACGUGAGAAAAAGCCGGGCGCCUAACACAUUAUCCAACCGUUGUUUCAACCAUUAUAAGUGACGAAAGAUCGCAUCCAGGGCUCUCGGAACAAGUUUCGUAGGACACAUACUGACCUGACUACCUUUUGCACUUGAAAUUCACGAUACACAUUUUUGCGAGCGACGCCUAAGGGACCCCCCGAGCUUGCGAGGGAG